UUCGUCACACGAAGUGGGAAAAAUGCCGCUCCGUGUUCGGUUGAAAUGGCAGCAAACGAGCACGGCGAGCCAGUUGAGCACCAAGAGGAACUUGGGCGGCGGCGGCAGCACUGGAAUGGCCGGUGGGAGGAUGAGAAACAGAAGGGACGAUGCCAAAGAGAGAGGAGGAGCUAGGUCUGGUGGACGGGACAGUGGAGAGAGAGAAGAGCGCAACGGGCGCGGGCGCGGAGGGAUGGAGCAGAAGAGGUGGCGGAGCGAGGCAGGAUCUCAAGGGGAUGCGAGGAGGAGCGCGUCUGGGUUUGACAGCAGGAAGAGGAAGUUUGAUCAUGAUUCUGGGUACGGUGCUGACAAUGAUGCAUCAUAUUCCACAUCAAGGACGACCAGAAAGUACCCUUCCACUGGAACCCGUGGCAAGUUUUCUGCUAGAGAAGGGGAUGGAUUUAAGCCUCGGAGGUCAGAAGGCGGUGGAUUUAAGCCUCGAAGAUCAGAAGGUGAUGGAUUUAAGCUUCGGAGAUCAGAAGGCGAUGGAUUUAAGCCUAGGAGGUCAGAAGGCGAUGGAUUUAAGCCUCGGAGAUCAGAAGGAGGGGAUGACUUUCGACCAAUGAGAAGGAGUAGCAGCAAGGUUUCUGGUACAAGUAGAGGGGAUAAGGGCCGGUCGAUGCUCUGUAUGAAUUCGCAAGCCUCCAAGUGGAAGAAAUUUGACAAAGAUAUCAGAGCUGAUCGUCGAAAUGACGCCGAUUUGGAUGAGCAUGUUGCUGGAAGCACGAAGUCUGAUGAGCCAGGCCAGAUGACUGAAGAGAAGCCCCGUGCUCGUCCUACUCGAGUGCUGGACAAGACUGGGAAGAAACUAAGGGUCUUUAAGAAGGAUUCAGUUUCUGACUCUGAGGAAAUUGCUCCUCCUAAGAAGAGAAAACGAAUGAAACUAGAUCGGUAUGACACAUCAAACAAACGAAUUGAGGACGCAACUCCCAAAGAAGAUGUUUGCAUAACAGGGAAGAUUCCAGAAAAGAGUACACCUGAACCUGAAGAGACUGAAAUGUCCAUAAAUGCUAAAUUUCGUGAUGUACAGCCAAGUUCUUCAAUCCUCUCAUAUGUUGAAGAUAAUCUACUAGGUCGUAGGCGUCUAAUCGACAUAAAAAAUGCUGGCUACAAUACCAAGCUUUCUGCUCCUCUGGAUAAUGUCCCCUUCUCAACGAGAAUUGAACGUGACCGCAUAGAAGACAGUGUGUUCAGAAAUCAUUUGGACUUCUUUGCUGCUGCAAAGAUCCCAUCAUCAUUCCCUCCUCCUACACUUCCAGAGAUAGCAUUUGCAGGGGUAUCAAAUGUCGGGAAAUCCUCACUGCUUAAUGCACUUACAAGACAAUGGGGUAUUGUGCGAACAUCCGAUAAGCCAGGGCUUACUCAAAGUAUAAAUUUCUUCAAGCUUGCAUCAAAAUUGUGCCUUGUUGAUUUACCUGGAUAUGGUUUUGCUUAUGCAAAGGAUGAAGUUAAAGAGUCAUGGCAGGAGCUUGUGAAGGAGUAUGUUUCGAACAGGGUUGGUCUAGAUAGAGUGUGCCUUCUUGUGCACACUAAACGUGGAAUGAAACCAUUGGACUACGAGCUUAUAGAUCUAAUGGAAAGAUACAAGACACCAUACCAGAUUGUACUAACCAAGACUGAUCUGGUUUUCCCUAUAGACGUUGCUCGCCGUGCUAUGGAGAUCCAAGAGAGUCUGAAAAAGAACAAGUCAGUCGUUAAGCCGGUGAUGAUGGUGAGCUCCAAGACAGGAGCUGGCAUACGCAACCUGAGAGGCGUGCUCGGAAAGCUAGCCCGCUUCAUCAAACCAUAGCCAGGUGACAAGACAACUCAUCCUGGACUGCGCGAUUCCGAGAGAUUAAAGGGUCAAAUGCCUUGGGCUUUUAGGCGAUAGAGUUCCUUCCCAGGUAGUAUAGGGUAGGGUGUUGUAUCUUGAGCUAAGAUUUGGAUUAGCAACACAUUUUCCUGUCUGAGGGAAUGAGAUUAUAUAUGUCAUGGUGGUCAUUACAUAAUAAAGCUAA